GGAAGCAGUCGCAAGACCCAAGCAUGGCGGCCACCGGGUGCCUGCGCUGGAGCCUGAACCGAGCCGGAGUCUGGCUGCUCCCACCGCCCGCACGGUGUCCACGCCGGGCGCUACACAAGCAGAAAGAUGGCACUGAGUUCAAGAGCAUCUACAGCCUGGACAAGCUCUACCCCGAAUCUCAGGGCUUGGACACCGCCUGGAGGGUCCCGGAUGGUGCAAAGCAAGCCGACAGUGACAUCCCUCUAAAUCGCUUGACAAUAUCUUAUUGUCGGAGUAGUGGUCCUGGGGGGCAGAAUGUGAACAAAGUGAAUUCCAAGGCGGAAGUCAGGUUCCAUUUGGCAACUGCCGACUGGAUCGCAGAGCCUGUGCGGCAGAAGAUAGCCAUCAUGCAUAAAAACAAGAUCAACAGGUUAGGAGAGUUGAUCCUCACCUCUGAGAGCAGCCGCUAUCAGUUCCGGAAUCUGGCAGACUGCCUGCAGAAAAUUCGAGACAUGAUCGCUGAGGCCAGCAAGACACCCAAGGAGCCAACAAAAGAAGAUGUUAAACUUCAGAGAAUC